AUGUCUGAAAAAAAGAGUACUUCAGAAGAGCUAGAGGAUAUCACUGGUCAGUUUAGGAAAGAAUCUAGAUCACGGUUAGUGGAAGAAUCUGGAAUUAUUAAAGAAACAUCAAACUCGUUAAAGGAAGCUUCUGAUGGGACAGCUUCCAAUCAAGUGUGUGAAACACGUCCUAGAAAAAAAAAACUAGGUAUGUGUGAUGAUACAUCAACAUCCUCCUCUGGAAGUAAGUCUAAGAGAAAUGAAGAACAAAGGAAAACUCUCCAGUUUUCUGAAAGAAUCACUGCAUAUGACAGCUUGCCGUCAAAACCUGAAAUUUCACGAAAUUCAUCACUAUCAGUCACUGCGAUGAGCACUGAAGAUCAGGCUUUCGUUGACUCCCUAUCUCAUGAAACAUUAGAAAAAAUUAGUCCACAACUCUCUGAAGAAAAUCAGAAAGGACUUCGCUUAGGGUCAGAUGACUUUACAGUUAACCUCAAAGCCAAGGGUUUGCAAGAAUUUCCUAAGGAUAUUUUAAAAAUCAAAUGUGUAAAAUAUCUCUGUUUAGAUGAGAAUGAAAUCAAAAGUUUUAAAGGGGUAGACGUGGGUGAUCUGCUAGGACUUGAAAUUCUAUCCAUGCAAGAAAAUGGGUUAUUAUCACUUCCAACUGAAAUUCAGUUACUUCAUAAUUUAAAGCUGUUAAAUGUCAGUCACAAUCAAAUAUCACUUAUCCCUAAAGAAAUAUCACAGCUUGGGACUAUGAGGCAACUCUUUUUAGAUAACAAUUGCAUUGAGGAUUUUCCUUGUGGCUUGGAAAGUCUUGGAAACUUGGAAACUUUAAAUCUGGCUAAAAAUAAGUUAAGACAUAUACCAGAUACUCUGUCUAGUUUGAAAAACUUGAGGGCUCUCAAUCUGGAAUAUAAUCAAUUAACAAUAUUUCCUAAAGCUCUGUGCUUCCUUCCAAAGUUAAUUUCACUAAACCUUACUGGAAACCUGAUAAACAGUUUGCCAAAAGAAAUUAAGGAGCUUACAAAUUUAGAAAAACUUUUACUGGAUCACAAUAGACUUACUUUUUUGGCUGUGGAAAUUUUUCGAUUGCUAAAAAUGAAAGAACUCCAACUGACAGACAAUAAAUUAGAAGUUAUUUCACACAAAAUUGAGAAUUUUAGGGAACUUAGGAUUCUAAUACUUGAUAAAAAUUUAUUGAAAGAUAUACCAGAGAAAAUUUCCCACUGUGCAAUGAUGGAAUGCCUUAGUCUCAGUGAAAAUAAAUUAACAGAAUUUCCUAAGAACAUCCAUAAGCUUAAAAAUUUAAGAAAACUCCGCAUAAACAGAAAUAAUAUAGUGAAAAUACCUGAAUAUAUUUCUCAUCUUAAUAAUAUGUUCAGCCUAGAAUUUUCAGGAAAUUUAAUCACAGAUUUUCCUAUUGAAAUAAAAAACUGCAGAAAAAUAACUAAAGUUGAACUGAGUUAUAAUAAAAUAAUGUAUUUUCCACUGGGUUUGUGCGCUUUAGAUUCUCUUUAUUAUUUGGGUUUUAAUGGAAAUUAUAUUUCAGAAAUACCUGUAGAUAUAUCUUUCAGUAAACAACUGCUUCAUUUAGAAUUUAAUGAAAACAAACUCCUCAUAUUUUCUGAGCACUUAUGUUCUCUUACUAAUCUUGAAUACCUAGAUCUUGGUAAAAACAAAAUAAGGAAAAUUCCGCCAUCCAUUUCCAAUAUGGUGUCACUCCGUGUUCUUAUUUUAUCCUGUAAUAAGUUGGAAACUUUUCCCAUAGAAGUGUGUGCUUUAGAAAAUUUGCAAGUACUUGAUCUUUCAGAAAACCAAAUACAGACUGUUCCUCCAGAGAUCUGUAAUUUAAAAGGAAUCCAGAAAUUAAACAUCUCAAGCAAUCAAUUUAUAUAUUUUCCUAUUGAACUUUGCCAACUUCAAUCACUGGAAGAGCUGAAUAUAAGCCAGAUAAAUGGGAGAAAGUUAACAAGACUUCCAGAAGAGGUGUGUAAUAUGACUCAACUUAGAGGACUUGAUAUCUCAAAUAACGCAAUCAGAGAGAUGCCAAGAAAUAUAGGGGAACUGAGAAGUUUGGUUAGUUUAAAUGCAUACAACAAUCAAAUAAAAUAUCUGCCACCAUCUUUUCUAUCCUUAAAUGCUCUCCAGCAGCUAAACUUGAGUGGAAAUAAUCUGACAGCUCUGCCUAUUGGUAUCUGCAAACUUUUUUCACUGAAGGAGAUAAAUUUCAAUGAUAACCCUUUGCUGAGACCUCCAAUGGAAAUCUGUAAAGGAAAACAACUGUAUACUAUUGCAUGCUAUCUACAGAGGGCAGAUGAGAGAGAUGAGAAAAUUUUAGCAAAGAUCUUCAAGAUAGUUGCCAAUAAUAUUAAUGAAACAAGUUUUCAAUUUUUGUGUCAAAAAUUAAACCUGGCAAUCUCAGAAACUGACAAGUCUACAAUAAGCACUGUUUCACUAAGUGAGAGAGUUCACCGAGCACUUGAUAAGUGGAAAAUGGAAAAUAACUUGUCAGUAACCACUGUGGCUCUAAGAGACCAACUAACUCGGGUGCUAACUAUGAUAGGAGCAUAUGAAAUUAUGGACAAAAUAACAGCUUUAAAACUUUCUACAUGUGCAAUUAAAUUCUGA